AUGUCGAACAACGUACCAUUCGAGCUGUCCAUCUCGGGUCACGCGAUGAUUCCACACCCUGCUGAGCGUGCCUUGAUCAAUGUCUCGGUGUCAAGCACUGGGGCCAACAAAGCCUCUGUCGCCGACGAAGUGGUCACAACCGCCAAGCACAUCGAAGAGCUGCUACGGGAGAUAUCCCCUCAAGACGACACCGCCGAGGCAAAAGCAGCCUCCCCACUGGCUCACUGGAACAAGACCUCCCUAUCGUCUCGCUCCUGGAUGCCGCGUGACGACAAGAACAACGAGCAGCCUCCGAUAAAGCACUCAGCCACUGUCAAGUUCGACAUUCGCUUCAAGGAGUUCAAAGCCCUUGGCUCGUUCGGCACGAGGAUCAGCUCCAUCCCUCAUGUCCACGUCAACGACAUCGAUUGGAUCCUCACCACGGCUACCGAGGACUCAUACCGUCCGCAGCUUCGUCGUGAUUGCGCCAAGGAUGCCUUGGAGAAGGCCAAGGACUACUGCGAGAUACUGGGAUGUACCAACCUACGUCCGGUAUCGUUGACGGAAAACAACUAUUACGCGCACAGUGGCCGUUCAUUCGCGAGGAAUCAGCAUAUUGCGGUCCAGUCAGCGCGUGGCUUCGAGAGGGACAGUGGCAGCUAUGAGCGACCCGACGAGCUGGAGUUCAAGCCGCAAGAGGUCAAGAUGACCAAGGACAUUACGGUCAAGUUCCAUGCUGAGUGA